UACCCGCUCUCUGUCCUCAAAUGAGAGCCGUCUCCAAGUUCAAAUACAAAGCAUGGCCUCCACUAUCACUCUCACUCUCACGUUCUUGCUCUCACAUGGCCACCGUCACAGAAUCACCGACUCUGGUCGAACAGUUCACCCACUUCUGCUACCAGAGAGACCUCCCCAGAGCCAUCACGGCCAUGGAAGCUAUGCAAAGACGUGGACUCUGGGCCGACUCAGUAGCCUACUCGGAGCUCAUCAAGUGCUGCCUGGCUCGUCGCGCCGUUCAACAAGGCAGGCUCGUCCACAAGCACGUUUUCUCAAAUGGGCACCACCCCCAAACCUUUUUGAUCAACAUCUUCAUAAACAUGUAUGUCAAGUUUUCUCUAUUGGAUGAAGCAGAGCAACUGUUCGACAUAAUGCCUGAGAGGAAUGUGAUUUCCUGGACGACUAUGAUUUCAGCUUAUUGUCAUGCCAAGAUGAACAUCAAGGCAUUGGAGUCUUUGGUUUUGAUGCGUAGAGAGGGUGUGUGGCCGAAUAGCUUCACAUACUCUUCGGUUUUGAGGGCUUGCGAGGGGUUAGGGAAUCUCAAGCAGCUGCAUUGUUGUAUUGUUAAAGUGGGGUUAGAGUCGGAUGUGUUUGUUCGGAGUGCUCUGAUUGAUGUCUACUCGAAAUUGGGUGACUUGCAUAAUGCGCUAGGCGUUUUCAAUGAGAUGGUGACUGGGGAUUCGGUUGUUUGGAGCUCUAUCAUUGGAGCUUUUGCGCAGAAUAGUGAUGGCGAUGAAGCGCUGGAUCUUUUCAAGAGGAUGAAGAGGGCAGGGUUUGGAGCUGAAGAGGCGACGUUGACAAGUGUCUUGAGAGCCUGUACGGCAUUGGCACUUUUGGAAUUGGGGAGACAAGUCCAUGUUCAUGCACUGAAGUAUGGUCCGGAUUUAAUUCUGAACAAUGCGCUUCUGGAUAUGUAUUGCAAGUGUGGAAGUUUGGAAGAUGCAAAUGCUGUUUUUACGAGGAUGGUGGAGAAGGAUGUAAUCUCUUGGAGCACCAUGAUUGCAGGGUUGGCUCAAAAUGGUUUCAGCCAAGAGGCACUGAAGUUGUUCGAGGAAAUGAAGGUUUCGCGGACAAAACCAAACUACAUCACAGUUCUUGGGGUUCUGUUUGCUUGUAGUCAUGCAGGGCUUUUAGAAGUGGGGUGGUACUACUUCCAGAAUAUGAAGCAGCUCUUCGGGAUUGAUCCUGGAAGAGAGCACUAUGGUUGUGUUAUUGAUCUUCUUGGAAGGGCUGGGAAGCUGGACGAGGCAGCAAGGUUGAUUCAAGAAAUGCAAUGUGAACCAGAUGCAGUGACAUGGAGGACUUUGCUCGGCGCAUGCAGGGUUCAUCGGAAUGUUGAUCUAGCUACACAUGCUGCCAAACAAAUUCUGAGAAUGGACCCUGAUGAUGCUGGAACCUACAUAUUAUUAUCCAAUCUAUAUGCAAUUUCUCAGAGAUGGGAUGAUGUUGCAGAAGUUAGGAAGAGUAUGAGAGCCAGAGGAAUCACCAAAGAACCAGGGUGUAGUUGGAUUGAAGUGAACAAACAGAUCCAUGCGUUUAUUAUGGGAGAUGACUCGCAUCCACAAAUAGAAGAGAUCAAUAAGGAACUAAGCUUCUUGAUUGAUAGACUCAUGGGAAUAGGUUAUGUUCCAGAUACGAACUUUGUUUUGCAAGAUCUUGAGGGAGAACAGAGGGAGGCUUCUCUUCUAUCGCACAGUGAAAGAUUGGCCAUUGUAUUUGGUAUAAUGAACUCGCCUAAGGGAAUGACUGUUAGGGUCAGGAAAAACCUCAGGAUCUGUGGAGACUGUCAUGUAUUUGCAAAACUUGUAGCAAAGUUGGAGCAGAGAACUAUUGUGAUAAGAGAUCCCAUUCGGUACCACCAUUUUCAAGAUGGAGUAUGUUCCUGUGGAGAUUAUUGGUAGGAGAAGCAGAGGUUCAUAAGCGCUCUUGACCCCAUAUAUCAGUAAAACGUGAGGUGAAAAGAAGCCUCCUAAAAGACCAAGUUGGUGCUCAAAAUGGACUCUCACAGAAUUGUUUGAUGACAUUGGAGCUGAUAGAGACAAUGCCAACAAUGGCGGAUUUCAUAUUAGCAGAUAUUUUCCAGCUCAUCAGCUUUCCAGAAACUAUAAGCUGCAAAGCUUGGAUGAGCAUCGAAUGUCCCUCAACUUUAGACGGCACCUUUUCCUUCUACCAGCAGAAGGUUUCUGUUUAUUAGUGAACAUAAAAUGGUGGGAGAUCAUAACUGUUUUUGUCAUGAUUGCCCUUCAAUUUGAUCCACCAAACAUGAAACUUCUUCAACAGAAUUCUUUGUGAUCAAGUGCAAUAAGAUGGAAAAUAGCAUUUGUUUUUCUGUCAA